UUGCAAUGCUCUUGCACAUGGGGAAUGAUAUAUUUUAACACGACUUCAUCUUUUCAGGAUUUAAGGACUCUCGCGGCUUACGCACUUGUGCUGUUACUUCUGGCAACAUUUGUGUCCCAUUCCUGGUGUGCACCCAAGGGCAGUUUUCAGCGUCGGAAUUGGACACCUCAAGCCAUGUUAUAUCUGAAGGGCACACAGGGACGGCGCUUUGUGACAGAAGACAGAAAUGACGGGGACUUGUAUGACACAAUACGCUUGGAGUCCCGCAGCCAGAACACAGAAAACCUGAGGAUCUCUAAAGCGGCUGCAUUUCUCUUAAAUGUUCUCCAGCAAGCCAGAGACGAGGAUGAGGCUUACUGAAACUUGCUCAAAGAGCGCCAACAACUCCCUCUUUCAUCUUCCUGCUUUGUGAGCCAUUUGGAAUUGAAUGUUUUCAAGUUUUCAUCCUCUGCUACAGUGACGCCCGUGUUUGAGAUCUCUGAGGGUUCAUCACUUACUGGUCAACACGAUUACAGUCAGAUCUGAGUAAUGUAGAGUUAUGUGUAUCUCCAGAUUGUUUGAAUGAUUCCACUUGGACUGCUCAUUUAAAAAACACAAGACUGAUAGUAAGAUAUUUUUAUUUCUUUUAUUUCUUUCAGGGGAAAUAAUGGGUGGUUUGUUCAAGACAUAUCAUCUUGGAAAAGAGACUAUUUAUGAUGAUUGGAAUUCUGUGUAAUAUAUAAUUAACUGUACAGAUUUUUUUUUUUUUUCCUUUUAAUUUUCUCAUGUGAAGUGACUGGUCUGCAAAAUACAUAUUUGCAAAUAUGUGAACAUUUUCUCAAUUAAUUAAACUGAAUUUGCACUGAUAA